CUCUGCCCCCGUUGGCGAGAUGGUUGAGUCCUCGUCAAGGUUGCUGUGGUAUCCCAGAAACACCAUUCACUCAGAGCUGUGACCGCGCACCAAACGUAGCAGCAACCACACUGCGCCUGGCCAAGGAAUAGCAAUUAACUACCUUCAUGUGAAUAUGAAAGCAGUUUUUAAAAAGGAGUUGUAUGCCAUGGAAUCGGAAUUGUUAGACAUUUUCAAGAAAGGAUGUAUUAAAUGUGAACAAAUGGACUUCUUCCGAGCUAGAAAAAUGGGGAUUAAAACUGGAGUUAUAUUUUGGAACCUCGUCUUUUUAUUGAUGAUCACAUGCGUACAAGGCUUUAUUUAUACCUGUGGUGGGACUAUAAAAGGAAGAAAUGGAACCAUAGAAAGUCCUGGCUUUCCAUAUGGAUAUCCAAAUGGUGCAAAUUGUACAUGGGUAAUAGUAGCAGAAGAACAAAAUAGAAUACAGAUUACCUUUCAAUCAUUUGCUAUAGAGGAAGAAUAUGACUUUUUAUCAUUGUAUGAUGGCCAUCCACAUCCUGCAAAUUUCAGGACAAGGCUAACAGGCUUCCAAAUUCCUCCUCCCAUAACAAGUACAGGAGCUGUGUUUUCCCUACGACUCACAAGCGAUUUUGCUGUAAGCGCUCAUGGGUUUAAAGUUUAUUAUGAAGAAUUACAAAGCAGUUCUUGUGGAAAUCCUGGUGUUCCCCCGAAAGGUAUUCUUUAUGGGAUGAAGUUUGAUGUCGGCGAUACGAUCCGGUACAGCUGUGUAACUGGAUAUGUUCUGGAUGGGCACAAUCAGUUAACAUGCAUUACCAACACUGCCAGUGCAGCUGUUUGGGAUUUUCCUGUUCCAAUUUGUAGAGCUGAGGACACAUGUGGUGGUACCCUAAGAGGUUCCAGUGGGAUCAUUUCAAGCCCCAAUUUCCCCAGUGAAUAUUACAAUAGUGCGGACUGUACAUGGACCAUUCUUGCAGACCCAGGAGACACCAUCUCCAUCAUUUUUACAGACUUCCAGAUGGAAGAGAAAUAUGACUACUUGGAAGUGGAAGGAUCGGAACCGCCUACAAUAUGGUUGUCAGGAAUGAAUACACCUUCUCCUAUCAUAAGCAACAAGAACUGGCUGAGACUGCAUUUUGUAACCGAUAGCAACCACCGAUACAGAGGUUUUAAUGCACAGUAUCAAGUGAAAAGGUCCAUAGAUUUUAAAUCUAGAGGAGUUAAAUUAUUCCCAGGCAAAGAAAACAGCAACAAGUUUUCUAUCUUGAAUGAAGGCGGAAUUAAACAGGCUUCCAAUUCUUGUCCUGACCCAGGAGAACCAGAACAUGGAAAAAGGAUAGGAUCUGACUUUAGUCUUGGAGCAACAGCUCAGUUCAUUUGUGAUGAAGACUAUGUGCUACAGGGGUCAAAAACGAUCACCUGCCAACGUGUUGCAGAAGUGUUUGCAGCCUGGAGUGACCACAGACCUGUAUGCAAAGUAAAAACGUGUGGGUCUAAUCUUCAGGGACCAGCUGGUACAUUUACAUCACCCAAUUUUCCAUUCCAGUAUGACAGUAAUUCCCAAUGUGUCUGGAUAAUUACUGCUGUAAACUCCAAUAAGGUAAUCCAAAUUAACUUUGAAGAAUUUGACUUGGAGAUUGGAUAUGACACAUUAACAGUUGGAGAUGGAGGUGAAGUUGGUGACCCCGGAAAGGUGCUACAAAUUCUGACAGGCAGCUUUGUGCCGGAUCUAAUAGUGAGCAUGACCAAUCAGAUGUGGCUUCAUCUUCAAGCUGAUGAGAGUGUUGGAUCAAUUGGGUUCAAGAUAAACUAUAAAGAAAUUGAAAAAGAGAGUUGUGGCAAUCCAGGGACACCUUUGUAUGGCAUCCGAGAAGGCAAUGGAUUCUCGAAUGGGGACAGUCUAAGAUUUGAAUGUCAGUUUGGAUUUGAACUUAUUGGAGAGAGGUCCAUUGUUUGCCAAAAUAACAACCAGUGGUCAGCAAAUAUACCAAUCUGCAUUUUUCCUUGUUUAUCUAACUUCACUGCACCCAUGGGAACAGUUCUUUCACCAGAUUACCCUGAAGGUUACGGCAACAACUUGAAUUGCGUUUGGCUUAUCAUCUCUGAACCAGGGAGUCGAAUUCACCUUGCUUUUAAUGACUUUGACUUGGAGUCUCAGUUUGACUUCUUGGCUGUGAAAGAUGGCGAAUUACUUGAUUCAUCAGUGCUGGGCACCUUCACUGGUGCAGAUGUCCCUUCUCACCUCACCAGUAAUAGCCACAUCUUGCGUUUAGAGUUUCAAGCAGAUCAUUCAAUGUCUGGACGAGGAUUUAACAUCACAUACAGCACUUUUGGGCACAAUGAAUGUCCUGAUCCUGGAAUUCCAAUUAAUGCUCGCCGCUUUGGUGACAAUUUUCAAUUAGGUAGUUCUGUUUCUGUCAUUUGUGAAGAAGGAUUUAUAAAAACCCAAGGAACUGAAACUAUAACUUGUGUUAUAAAUGAAAGCAAAGUAAUGUGGAGUGGGCCCAUUCCAAGAUGCGAAGCACCUUGUGGGGGGCACUUCAAUGCUCCCAGUGGUGUGAUCCUCUCACCAGGCUGGCCCGGAUAUUACAAAGAUUCCCUCAACUGUGAGUGGGUGAUUGAAGCAGAAACAGGACGUUCCAUUAAAGUAACAUUUGACAGAUUUCAGACUGAACUGAAUUAUGAUGUUUUAGAAAUUCAUGAUGGACCAAAUCUUCUGUCACCGCUUAUUGGCUCCUAUAAUGGUACACAGGUCCCUCAGUUUCUGUUUACUAGCAGCAAUCACCUUUAUCUUCUCUUUACCACUGACAACAGUCGUUCUAACAGUGGGUUUAAGAUUCAGUAUCAAAGUGUUACAGUAGAUACAUAUUCUUGUUUGGAUCCUGGGAUGCCAGUAAAUGGACACCGAUAUGGACAUGAUUUCUCAAUAGGAUCAACUGUGUCAUUUGGUUGUGACCCAGGAUAUAGGCUUAGCCAUGAAGAGCCUCUUGUGUGUGAGAAAACCCACUGGUGGAGUCACCCUCUGCCUACUUGUGAUGCAUUAUGUGGUGGUGACGUCCGAGGACCUGGUGGUACAAUUUUGUCCCCUGGCUACCCUGAGUUUUAUCCAAACUCAUUGAAUUGUACUUGGGCUGUGGAAGUUAGCCAUGGUAAAGGAGUGCAAUUCACCUUCCACACCUUUCAUUUGGAGGAUCAUCAUGACUACUUACUAAUCACAGAAAAUGGCAGCUUUACUCAGCCACUGGCACGGCUGACUGGCUCUGAACUCCCUGCAGCAAUCAAUGCUGGUCUCUAUGGAAAUUUCAAGGCUCAGUUACGCUUUAUUUCAGAUUUUUCAAUAUCAUAUGAAGGAUUUAACAUUACCUUUUCUGAGUACAAUCUUGAACCCUGUGAAGAGCCUGGUUUUCCAAAAUUUGGCAGACGGAUUGGCUAUAACUUUGGCAUCGGGGACACAUUAACAUUUUCUUGCAAUUCCGGAUACAGACUUGAAGGUUCAUCUGAGAUUAUCUGCCUUGGAGGAGGCCGCCGCAUGUGGAGCGCACCUCUGCCCAGGUGUGUGGCUGAAUGUGGAGCAUCGGUAAUCAACAAUGAAGGCAUUCUGCUGUCACCCAACUAUCCUCUGAACUAUGAAAACAAUCAUGAAUGCAUCUACAGCAUUCAAGUGCAAGCAGGGAAAGGCAUCAACAUUUCUGCCAGGACUUUUCACUUAGCACAAGGAGAUAUUUUGAAGAUUUAUGAUGGGAGAGAUAAUACUGUACAUGUGCUUGGGGCAUUCACUGGCUCUGCAAUGAUGGGACUGACGUUAAUAAGUACUUCAAAUCAUCUCUGGCUGGAAUUUUAUUCCGAUUCUGAAGUGACCAGUGAAGGUUUCCAACUUGUCUACUCUAGUUUUGAACUUUCCCAUUGUGAAGAUCCUGGAGUACCACAGUUUGGGUUCAAGAUCAGUGAUCAGGGGCAUUUUGCUGGCAGCACAAUUACUUACAGAUGCAAUCCAGGUUACACGCUUCAUGGAAGUAGCAUCCUAAAAUGCAUGACUGGAGAAAGAAGGGCAUGGGACUAUCCUCUUCCUUCCUGCAUAGCUGAAUGUGGAGGCAGAUUCAAAGGUGAAUCAUCUGGAAGAAUCUUAUCUCCUGGGUAUCCUUUUCCUUAUGACAACAACCUUCGAUGCACAUGGGUAAUAGAGGUGGACCCCGGAAAUAUUGUCAGCCUUCAGUUUCUUGCAUUUGACACUGAGGCAUCACAUGACAUCUUAAGAGUAUGGGAUGGCCCUCCAGAGAAUGAAAUGCUCCUGAAGGAAGUCAGUGGGUCUAUACUUCCAGAAGGCAUUCACAGCACACUAAAUGAGGUCACAGUCCAGUUUGAUACAGACUUCUACAUAAGCAAAUCAGGAUAUGCCAUUCAGUUCUCAAGUUCUAUUGCCACAGCCUGUCGUGACCCUGGUGUUCCUAUGAAUGGCAGUCGGAAUGGAGAUGGGAGAGAACCUGGUGACACUGUCACUUUUCAGUGUGACCCUGGCUAUGACCUACUGGGAGAGAUGAAAAUUACCUGCAUUCAGGUGGAAAAUAGAUAUUACUGGCAGCCCGGCCCUCCUGUUUGCAUAGCACCAUGUGGAGGGAAUUUGACUGGAUCCUCAGGGUUUAUUCUUUCUCCAAACUUCCCACACCCAUAUCCGCAUAGCAAAGACUGUGACUGGACAAUCACUGUAAACUUAGACUAUGUUUUAUCACUUGCAUUUAUCAGUUUCAGCAUUGAACCCAACUAUGAUUUCCUCUAUAUCUACGAUGGACCCGACAGCAACAGUCACCUAAUUGGUAGCUUUCAAGACAGCAAGCUACCAGAAAGAAUUGAAAGCAGUUCAAACUCGAUGCACUUAGCAUUUCGAAGUGAUGGGUCUGUUAGCUAUACAGGUUUUCAUCUAGAAUAUAAAGCUAAGCUUCGGGAGUCGUGUUUUGAUCCUGGUAGUGUUAUGAAUGGUACAAGGCUGGGGAGUGAUUACAAGCUGGGUUCUACAGUUACAUACUACUGUGAAGCAGGGUAUGUUCUUCAGGGACACUCAACUCUCACUUGCAUUAUGGGGGAUGAUGGGAGACCUGGGUGGAAUAGAGCUCUCCCUAGCUGCCAAGCUCCAUGUGGAGGUCGAUCAACUGGAUCUGAGGGAACUGUGUUAUCAACAAACUAUCCCCGGAACUAUAGCGCUGGGAACAGUUGUAUUUACUCCAUAUCUGUUUCAAAGGAAUUUGUUCUGUUCGGGCAGUUUGUAUUUUUCCAGACCUCGCUUCAUGAUGUGGUAGAUGUAUAUGAUGAACCAACCCAGCUGAACUCUUCGCUGCUGUCCUCACUGUCUGGUUCUCAUUCAGGAGAGUCACUCCCUUUAAGCUCAGGUAACCACAUCACCAUCAAUUUUACAGCAGUUGGUCCAGAAACUGCUCGGGGGUUUCAUUUUGUUUAUCAAGCUGUGCCACGGACAAGUGCGACCCAGUGCAGCUCUGUGCCUGAGCCAAGAUUUGGAAAGAGGAUUGGAAAUGAUUUUGCAGUUGGCUCAGUGAUUCUAUUUGAAUGCAAUCCCGGGUACACCCUAAACGGAUCUACUGCAAUUAGAUGUGAUACCGUUCCCAAUGCUCUGGCUCAGUGGAAUGACUCUCUGCCUACUUGCGAUGUGCCCUGCGGAGGAGUUUUGACUAAACGCAGAGGAACCAUUCUAUCACCAGGUUACCCUGAGCCAUAUGACAACAAUUUGAAUUGUAUAUGGAAGAUCACAAUGCCAGAGGGAGCUGGCAUUCAAAUUCAAAUUAUAAGUUUUGCUACAGAACAUAAUUGGGAUUCAUUAGAUUUCUAUGAUGGAGCAGAUAACAAUGCUCCAAGACUUGGCAGUUAUUCAGGCACAACAAUACCACAACUUCUGAACAGCACAUCGAAUAACCUGUACCUGAACUUUCAGUCUGAUAUUAGUGUGUCGGCUGCUGGAUUUCAUCUUGAAUACACAGCGAUAGGUUUAGACUCCUGCCCAGAGCCACAGACACCAAACAGUGCAAUAAAAGUCGAUGAUAGAUACAUGGUUGGAGACGUGGUGACAUUUCAAUGUGAUCAAGGCUAUUCUCUUGAGGGGCAUACCCAUAUAACAUGUAUGCCUGGUCCUGUUAGAAGAUGGAAUUACCCUGUUCCACUAUGCAGAGCCCAGUGUGGAGGUUCACUGGACGACUUUAGUGGAGUGGUUUUAAGUCCUGGUUUCCCUGGAAACUACCCCAGCAGCUUAGACUGUAUAUGGACAAUAAAGCUUCCAAUUGGUUUUGGUAUUCAACUGCAGUUUGUAAAUUUUUCCACUGAGUUAAUCCACGAUUAUUUAGAAGUGCGCAGCGGCUCUAUAGAGACUGGUACGGUGAUUGGCAGAUUUAGUGGCACUCAAGUGCCAGCCUCACUCUUCAGCACCACUCAUGAGACCAAUUUGUAUUUCCAUAGCGACACUUCCCAGAACAAACCAGGAUUUCAUGUUACAUAUCAGGCCUAUCAGUUGCAAAGCUGCCCUGAUCCCCGUCCUUUCCGGAAUGGCUUUUUGAUUGGGAAUGAUUUCAGCGUGGGACAAACUGUUACUUUUGAGUGUUUUCAUGGUUACACUUUGAUUGGAGAGGCCGCGCUGACAUGUCUCCAUGGUUUAAGUCGGAACUGGAACUAUCCUGUGCCUAGAUGUGAAGCGCUCUGUGGGGGAAACAUUACAGCAAUGAAUGGCACUAUUUACUCCCCUGGGUACCCUGAUGAGUAUCCAAAUUUUCAAGACUGCAUUUGGCUUGUUAGAGUUCCACCUGGUUAUGGGAUAUACAUCAACUUUACAGUCUUACAAACAGAACAAAUAUAUGACUUCAUUACUGUGUGGGAUGGUCCAGAUCAAAACUGUCCUCAAAUCGGUCAGUUUAGCGGAAAUACAGCACUAGAUUCUGUGUACAGCACAUCAAACCAGAACCUGAUCAAAUUUCAUAGUGACUUUACGACUGGUGGAUUCUUUGUGCUCAGUUAUCACGCAUAUCAACUGAGAGUAUGCCAGGCACCUCAUGAAGUCCUGAAUGCAGAAGUGCUGACAGAUGGCAAUGAAUUUGAGAUAGGAGACAUAAUCAGAUACCAGUGUCUGGCAGGAUUUACUCUAGUUGGUAAUGACAUUCUCACAUGUAGACUUGCAGAGCGUUUACAAAUGGAUGGACCCCCUCCUUCUUGCCAAGUGCUGUGUCAUGCCAAUGACAUGCGCUUUGAUUCUACUGGAGUCAUUCUAAGUCCUGGCUACCCUGAUAGUUACCCAAACUUACAGAUGUGUGCUUGGAGUAUCACGGUGGAAAAGGGAUAUCACAUUGCUCUGUAUUUUGAGUUCUUCCAGACUGAGAAAGAAUUUGAUAUUCUUGAAAUUUUUGAUGGGCCAAGCAGCCAUAGCCCGAUAUUGGCUUCCCUUAGUGGAGAUUAUUCUUCUUUCAACAUAACCACCACUGGUCACGAAGCCCUUCUCCGCUGGUCUGCAGAUCAUGGCACAAACAAGAAAGGGUUCCGCAUCAGAUAUGUCGCUCUUUACUGCAGCACACCCGAUUCCCCACCCCAUGGGUCAAUUGUUAGCCAAACUGGCGGGCAGCUCAAUAGUAUGGUCCGUUGGGCUUGUGAUCGAGGAUACAGACUGAUUGGGAAAAACACUGCAGUUUGUAGGAAGACACAAUAUGGAUAUUUUACUUGGGAUGGGCCAGUUCCAGCUUGCCAAGCGGUCUCCUGUGGUGUACCAAAAGCACCUAUAAAUGGAGGUGUGCUGACUACAGAUUAUUCGGUUGCUACACGUGUGAACUACUAUUGUAAUGAUGGCUAUAGACUUUCUUCUAAGGAGCUCACAACUGCUGUGUGCCAACCAGAUGGUACAUGGAGCAACCAUAAUAAAAUCCCACGUUGUUCAGUUGUUACAUGUCCCAGUAUAGGCUCUUUCACACUGGAGCAUGGGAGGUGGAGAAUUGUAAACGGCUCCCAUUAUGAAUACAGAACAAAGAUUAUUUUUAGCUGUGAUCCUGGUUAUUACCGAAUGGGACCUGCAUCUAUCCAGUGUAUGGCUAAUGGGGCAUGGAGCUGGAGAAGUGAGAGACCCCACUGUCAGAUUAUUUCUUGUGGAGAACUGCCUUCCCCUCCUAAUGGGAACAGAAUUGGUACUCAAACAACCUUUGGAGCAACAUCUAUUUUCACCUGUGACCAAGGAUACAUGCUGGUUGGCUCAUUUGUGAGAGAGUGUCUUUCAUCUGGGCUGUGGAGUGGGUCAGAGACUAGGUGCCUAGCUGGACACUGUAGCACUCCAGAACCAAUAGUUAAUGGCCAGGUGAUUGGAGAGAACUUUGGGUACAGAGACACAGUGGUAUAUCAGUGUAAUCCUGGACUUCGUUUGAUUGGCUCUUCAGUGAGGAUAUGCCAGCAAGACCACAACUGGUCUGGUCAACUCCCAGUCUGUGUUCCUAUCAGCUGCGGUCACCCUGGUAGUCCUAUUUAUGGAAGAACAAUUGGAAAUAGUUUUAAUUUGAAUGAUGUCAUCACCUUUUCCUGUAACACUGGAUAUAUUUUGCAUGGACCUACAAGAGCUCAAUGCCAAGCCAACAGACAGUGGAGCCAUCCACCGCCUACAUGUAAAGUGGUCAACUGCUCUGAUCCUGGAAUCCCUGCCAAUUCCAUUCGGGAAAGUAAAAUCGAGCAUGGAAACUUUACUUUCGGCACUGUGGUGUUCUAUGACUGCAAUCCUGGCUAUAUUUUAUUUGGUUCUUCAGUGCUAACCUGCCAGCAUGUUGGCCAUUGGGAUAAACCUUUACCUGAAUGUAUUGUGAUUGACUGUGGCCAUCCUGGUUCUCCUCCUAAUUCUAUAUUAACUGGAGACAAAUUCACGUUGGGUUUAACGGUUCGUUAUUCUUGCACUGGAGGAAGAACACUCAUAGGACAGUCAUCACGAACUUGCCAACUGAAUGGACUCUGGAAUGUACCUAUGCCACAUUGUUCAGGUGAUGUUUCAGGUACAUGUGGGGAUCCAGGCAUCCCAGCCCAUGGUAACAGAGAAGACAGUGGUUUUAAAAUCAGGAGUAAAGUACACUUCACAUGUGACACAGGGUAUAUUCUUUAUGGGUCAGCUGAGAGGAUGUGUUUUCCCAAUGGGACGUGGUCUGGAAAACAGCCAGCAUGCCAUGCUGUACAGUGUGGAAAUCCAGGAACUCCUGCAAAUGGACGGGUGUUCCGCGUCGAUGGGAUAACCUUCUCUCACUCUGUCAUUUAUUCUUGUAUGGAAGGAUAUCUACUUUCUGGUUCUUCUGUGAGACAAUGUACAGCUAAUGGGACUUGGUCUGGAAGUCUUCCUAACUGCACAAUAAUCAAUUGUGGAGAUCCUGGGAUACCAGCUAAUGGACUGAGAUAUGGCGAUGAAUUUUCUGUUGGACAGAAUAUGACUUUUGUCUGCCAACCAGGAUAUACAAUGGAACCAAAAACCUCUAAUAUUCGUACAUGCACUAACAAUGGAACAUGGAGUGGUGUAAUGCCUUCUUGCAAUGCUGUUACCUGUCUUGCUCCACCACUGAUAUCCAAUGGAAUAUUGGAAGGGAAUUCUUUUGAGUGGGGAACCAGUGUGAGCUACAGUUGCUCUCCAGGGUAUGAACUUUCUUUCCCUGCAAUCUUAACCUGCGUUGGGAAUGGAACAUGGAGCGGUGAGGUGCCUCAAUGUUUGCCAAAGUUUUGUGGAGAUCCUGGUGUCCCGAGAGAAGGGAUGCGAGAGGGAAGAAGCUUUAUUUACCAGUCAGAGGUCUCCUUUAGCUGCAAUCCUCCAUUUCUUCUUGUGGGAUCCAACACAAGAAUAUGCCAGGCAGAUGGAACAUGGAGUGGAUCCCAGCCUCGCUGCAUAGAACCUACACGCACCACAUGUGAGAACCCAGGAGUCCCAAGGCACGGAUAUCAAAACAAGACUCUGGGAUUUCAGGUUGGAAGUGUGGUUCAGUUUCAUUGUGAAAAGGGGUUUCUCCUUCAAGGAUCUACUACACGAGAGUGUCUCCCGGAUCUUACCUGGAGCGGUGUUCAAACCGAAUGCGUUCCUCACACAUGCAAGCAGCCAGAGAGUCCUCCUCAUGUUAAUGUGGUUGGAAUGGACCUGCCCUCAAUUGGAUACGCACUGCUGUAUUCUUGUCAGCCUGGCUUUUUUCUAUCAGGGGGAUCAGAGCACAGGGUCUGCAAGUCAGAUGGCACUUGGACUGGGAAAAUGCCUGUAUGUCAAGUGGGCUCCAAAUUAUCUGAGAGAACCAACAAACCUGUGGCAGGGACUCCAAGUCCUAAGUUAAAUGUUCCUGAUGAUGUGUUUGCUCCUAAUUACAUCUGGAAAGGCUCCUACAACUAUAAAGGAAAGAAGCAACCAAUGACUUUAACUGUCACCAGCUUCAACACCUCCACUGGUAGAGUUAAUGCAACUUUAACAAACAGUAACAUGGAACUGCUACUGUCAGGAGUUUAUAAAAGCCAAGAAGCACGACUGAUGUUGCUAAUGUUCCACGCAAAAGCAUCUGCUCAUUCUUCCUUGAGCAAGAUCAAAGAAGAAGAAUGGUCCAUGGAUGGUUUUGUUUCUGCUGAACCUGAUGGGGCAACAUAUGUCUUUCAAGGAUUCAUACAGAGUAAAGACUAUGGGCAGUUUGGACUUCAAAGAAUAGGUCUCAACUUGUCAGAGAGUAAUAAUUCUUCAAAUCAGCCCCAUGGUACAAAUAGUAGCUCUGUGGCUAUAGCAAUCCUUGUGCCUUUUUUCGCCCUGAUAUUUGCAGGAUUCGGAUUUUAUCUAUACAAACAGCGAACUACGCCUAAAACAGAGUACACUGGGUGUUCAGUGCACGAGAACAACAAUGGUCAAGCAGCCUUUGAAAAUCCGAUGUACGACACAAGUGCAAAAUCUGUAGAAGGGAAAGCUGUUCGAUUUGAUCCUAACCUUAACACGGUCUGCACAAUGGUAUAAUGAAGUUGGCUAAAAGGGUAAUAUAUCAAAUAUUUGUUGGAUGCUUGGAUUGCCGGAUACUCCACCUCAAAAUGGUGCACAUCCACAGAUCUAUUUAAAGCACACUUUUCAGGAACCAAUUGGUCAUGUGCAUCCAGAAAAUAAAUCAAACAAAAGUGUUUUAGAAGACUGGUUUGACAAUGAUCUUCAUGGACACUAUGGAGAGUUCUACAGCUUUGUAUCUGCACUCUAAGAGUGCUUGUUCACUGUUUUAUUUUGUCUUUUUUAAAGGGAAAAGAGAUCUUUAAAAUCUACCUGCAUAAAUUUGAGGAGCAUUCACCACCUAUAUUUUUGUGCUAUAUAAUACCACUUGGGCUGGGUUUGGGUAAAAAGGCUAUAAACAGAGUUUAUAAACUAAAGAUAUUCACUGAAAUUUGAAAAUAGAUGCACAAAUUUAUGUAACAUUAAGUUUCCUUAUUUUCUCAUUUGAUUUUUUUAAAUUGUUAUAAUUUCUUUCAUAUUUAUUUUUCACACCAAAUAUGUUCAUCGUAACAAACAAAAAGUUUUGGUUUGUAUUUCGUCACAUUUUAUGCAUGGCGUAUCUUGCACAUUCUACUAACAAUUUUAUAGUACAGAACUGAUAAACAAUGUUAUACAGUAUGUUUGGUAGUUGCAAAUGUUGGCUUAGUAUAUUUCUAUGCCUAAUAAUCUUUGCAUUACUGUUUUAAAGUAAGAUUUGUUGAACACUACCCCAUUUUGAAUGUUUGUAAUGAGCAUUUUAUUAUUAUCGUAAUUAUAUUUCCCUACUUUUAGUGCUAAGAUAAUUGCUUUGACAUGACCUUAUUUAUAGUAACAGGUAGUGUAUGCAUUCUGCGUAAAGGCUUUGACAAGGUGUAGUUAUUUUUCACACACAAACACACAAAAAAUAAAAUAAAAUCUGUUUUAAUCAGGAUCUGUAGCCCCUGGACUAUCAGGAGAUGCAUCAUUAAGAAUCUCAACUAUUUUUUAUUAUAAAAGCAUUGGCAUCUGGCUGGUAGGGGUAGUUUUCACAAUCAGUGUUAUACAUGACAGGGUUUAACAUCAGAAUGUUAAAAGCAUACGCAAUUAUUUGAUUUAUAGUAUAAUUUAAGAUAAAUGUACGUAUGUUUUGUUUAGUUGUCGUUUAAGAAAGUAAUACGCUGAUGUGUGAAAUAAAUGAUCACAGUGCCUUUUUAAAACAGACAGAGCAGACCAUGUUGCAGUUAUUUAAUUAGAAAGUUGCUUGUUUAAACAUUGUUCCAGGUGACAUUACAUGCUGCAGUUACCAUUACUCCAUUGUUUAGCAAUGUAUUCAGUGAUAUCAUUCUUAAUGUCCGCCUUACUAGACUUUAAAUUUACAAAUAAUUACAUUAUUUAUACUGUCACUGUCUAUGCGGAGAAUUCAUAUAUUUCUCACCUGGGUGAAAGGAAUUGUUAUGAAUAUGAGUACCAUUUUACACAGUGCCUACCAAAAAUCACAAAACCCAGGAUUGCUGCUCAGAAUUCAUUGUUUUAUUCUAUAAACACGUAAUUAAUGUAUUCAGCUUCACCACAUUUAUGGUUUGCAUAUUUAUACAGUUUUCUUAUAAAAUUGCUUUCACUUAACAAGGAUGAUGUUUGUGUUUCUGGUGUCUUAUAUAUUUUACCCCUAGCUGUUCUUUAUAUAAAUGACUGCAAUAAUUACAAAUCACCCAUAAUGUCUUGGAAUGAACACGUUCAAUUGAAUUAGAAAACGAUUUGCAGUACAGCUGGGUACUCCUAUUAUGUUAAUGGAUAAAAACAAAAAC